GGUGUAAGAUUAAUAUCACCUACUGAUAUACAGGUAGUAGUUUUGGAACUUUCCUUGUGGCUGUGUAUAUUUAAGCUGACAAGCAGAUUAGCACAAUCCACACACACAAGUAGAGGGGGGAGAAGGGGGAGAGAGAGAGAGAGAGAUGGAGAAGCUGAUGGGGGUGAUGAGGAGGGGAAGCAGCAAGCUCUCUCUUCUGCAGAGGGUGACUAAUUCUUUCUCUACCCAGCAGGCAGUAGAUCACCAGGCAGCCUCUCCAGCCAUCAGGGACCUCUCUGCUCUCAAAAUCAGCAAGCUACCUUCCCAGCUAAUUGGGAGGACGCCGUUGGUGUAUCUGAACAAGGUGACAGAAGGGUGUGAGGCCCGGGUGGCGGCCAAGCUGGAGUUCCUGCAGCCUUCCUUCAGCGUUAAAGACAGGCCGGCUUUUUCCAUGAUCGAAGAUGCUGAGAAGAGAGGGUUGAUAGCUCCAGGCAAGACGACUUUGAUCGAGCCAACGUCGGGGAACAUGGGGAUCAGUAUGUCGUUCAUCGCGGCUCUGAAAGGUUACAAGAUGGUGCUCACCAUGCCGUCGUACACGAGCCUCGAGAGGAGGGUCGUCAUGAGGGCGUACGGUGCAAAUUUGGUGCUGACUGACCCUGCCAAAGGGAUGGGCGGAACUGUGAAGAAAGCGUAUGAACUUAUGGAGUCCUAUCCCGACGCCUUCAUGCUUCAGCAGUUUGAGAAUCCUGCAAAUGAUAAAAUCCAUUUUGAAACCACUGGCCCUGAGAUAUGGGAAGAUACUCUAGGGCAAGUCGACAUCUUCGUUAUGGGAAUAGGGAGUGGAGGUACUGUGACUGGUGUUGGGAGAUACCUGAAAUCUAUGAACCCUAAUGUCAAGAUAUAUGGAGUCGAGCCUGCUGAAUCAAAUAUUCUGAAUGGUGGUAAACCAGGCCCUCAUCUAAUCACUGGAAAUGGAGUUGGCUUCAAGCCUAAAAUUCUCGACAUGGAUGUAAUGGAGAAAGUUCUUGAGGUACGAAGUGACGAUGCGGUGAACAUGGCGAGAGAAUUAGCACGAAAAGAGGGACUUCUGGUAGGGAUAUCAUCGGGAGCCAAUACGGUUGCAGCACUUAGUCUUGCGAGUAAGCCGGAAAACAAAGGGAAACUUAUUGUGACGGUUCAUCCGAGCUUGGGGGAAAGAUACUUGUCAUCAGCUUUGUUCGAGGAACUAAGGCAGGAGGCCGAAAAGAUGCAACCUGUUGAAGUCAAGGACUAAGUACUCAUAUAAUCUGCUAUUGCGCAUAAUUCCAAGUUUCUCAAGUGUUCUCGCCUUUUCUUUUUUCAUGUUGUAGAAGGAGAUCACAAAAAAUUGAGAACUUGCGCAUUAUUAAUUCUGAUUGUCAUUUCUCUGCGACGAUAUCACAAGGAUAUUAAGAUGUAAGUUGAUGGUAAGAACUUCAACUGCUCCUUUGUUUGCGACUUCGUUUAAAUAGUUAUUAAGAAAAUUCAUCAAGUGAGGUUUUCACUGCA